CAACUUGGACGCAUCCAAAAAAACCAACCUGAAAGAUGAGCACCCGACCCAGCAUUCGACGACCACGCAAUAGCGUUGUACGCCCUAUUGGAUCAGAUGACGCCAGUGGUGAGCUGAUGAUGAGUGAUACUAGCAGCAGCAGCAACAGCAACGGAUCCUUUCAAGAAGCCGCUGCGGGCAGAAGGAGCAGGUCCCGCAGCACAGUCGGCCGGAAAUACUUGCAAGGUUUUGAUAUGGCCAAACUAGAACGAGCAUUUGGCAAUGGUGCUGCUGCAGUACAUGUAGAAGAAGACGAAUACGAUCAAGGACAACGGAGGAGACAGCCCAGCAGAAGAACCGACACUCACCAGAGAUUCUCCUUGAAACGCAGAUCUCGGGUCUACGGAGCAGAUGCAGAUGCAGAUGAAAUUUCAGACUCAGCGGAAGAUGAUGAUCAGCAGGAGCCACAGAGUGCACCAGCAAAUACACAUGCCACUGGACUUGCAGGCAGAAGAAGCAGAAGAAAACACUACAGGACAAAAGAGCAAGCCGUCAUGGCUGAAAAUUGGUACAUCCUCAGAGAGGCCCUUGGAAACAUGGCAUAAUUUGUUUGCCAAGUUCCACCCUACUAGCUAGGCAUCCAGAUCAAAAAAUACUAGCUAGCUAUCAGUUUUCACAUUCC